CUGGGUGGGAGGAAGGCAUGCCGUUCUUGGAAGAGAUGAACUUGAAGGUCCUUUCCAGCACCAUCGGAUCAUUGAGCUUGUGUCUAUGCAUUUUAGAUUCUGCAGGCGUUUGAUCUUUCUCUGGAUCAGGAUCAUGCAAGUCUUGAUAAUAGCCUUGUGUUUUAACUACAGGAAGAUUGUCGAUCGAAUUGACAGUGAUGGGGACGGCUUUGUCACCACGGAGGAGCUGAAAACCUGGAUCAAACGGGUGCAGAAAAGAUACAUCUAUGAUAAUGUUGCUAAAGUCUGGAAGGAUUAUGAUCGGGACAAGGACGAUAAAAUUUCCUGGGAGGAAUAUAAACAAGCCACCUAUGGUUACUACCUAGGAAACCCUGCAGAGUUUCAGGAUUCUUCAGAUCAUCACACCUUUAAAAAGAUGCUGCCACGCGACGAGAGAAGGUUCAAAGCUGCAGACCUCAAUGGUGACCAGACAGCCACUCGGGAGGAGUUCACCGCCUUUCUGCACCCUGAGGAGUUUGAGCAUAUGAAAGAAAUUGUGGUUUUGGAAACUCUGGAGGACAUCGACAAGAAUGGGGAUGGGUUUGUGGACCAGGAUGAGUAUAUCGCGGAUAUGUUUUCCCACGAGGAGAAUGGCCCUGAGCCAGACUGGGUUUUGUCAGAACGGGAGCAGUUUACUGAAUUCAGGGACCUGAACAAGGAUGGGAAGUUGGACAAGGAUGAGAUUCGCCACUGGAUCCUCCCCCAAGACUAUGACCACGCACAGGCUGAGGCCAGACACCUGGUGUAUGAGUCGGACAAAAACAGGGAUGAAAAGCUAACUAAAGAGGAGAUAUUGGAGAACUGGAAUAUGUUUGUUGGGAGCCAAGCUACCAAUUAUGGAGAAGACCUCACAAAAAAUCAUGAUGAACUUUGAUACACACUCAGCGUAACAUGACAGACUGUCAUGGGCUUUCUUUUAUUGUCUUGGAUGGUUGCUACAGUUGACUAAUUUAUAGCAGUUGUGUCCCUGAAACAGCAGUUUAUAACCUCAGAUUGGGCUUAAAAUUGCUUUUCACUCAAUGUUUACUGCGAAAUAUUUCUAUUCCUAUUUCUAUCAUUUCUGUUCCUUCAAUAAGAUAUCUCUACAAACACCUUAAAAUCUGUGUAAAUCACAAUAUUUUGGGGGGUGGGGAUACAUUACAAAAACAUGACUUUUUAGCCUUUUUCAUUAAAUUUAAAGGGGAAUAA